UUCAUUGGUCAUGGCUUCAUGCUCACCAUUUGUUCUUCCAAUUAGAGCCAAGCAACAAGAUUCAGGUAACUGUCUCAAACAUCCAUAUACGACAUGUUCUUCAAGUAUAACGUUAUAUAUCCACUCUGAAUCUUGUUUCACAGGAAUACAUGGAACCAAUUCUGGUAUGCAAGAAAUUAAGAUUCUUGGGGUCCAUGAUUUUUUUCACAACUCUUCAACUGCUAGACGUUGCUGUGUUAGAGUUAAGGCUGCUCCAGGUAAUCGAAACACGAAGCCGAAUAGUAUGAUUUGUGCUGACUGUGAUGGAAAUGGUGCUGUUCUGUGCUCUCAGUGCAAAGGCAGUGGAGUGAACUCUGCUGAUAUUUUCAAUGGCCGAUUUAAAGCUGGUGAUUCAUGUUGGCUUUGUGGAGGUAGAAAGGAAAUGCUGUGUGGGAAUUGCAAUGGAGCUGGAUUCAUCGGUGGUUUCAUGAGCACUUUUGAUGAGUAGAAGCAUCUGUAUGAUACAAUUGGAUGGAGAUAUUCAUGUAAAUGCAGCCAGUCAUGUGUUUAAUCUGUUCAAAUGGAUAAAAACAAGUCCAAUAUGGGCUCCCUGACUGUUUCUGUACCGGUUCAACAGUAUAUAAUGAUAUAUGUAGAUAUCAUGUUAUGCUGUAUUGAUGUCAGUGGUUAUUAAUUUGCAUAAGAUACUCUGAUAUUUCUUGAAA